CGAAGUGUCAAAGUCCAAAUGUGGUGACAUAAAUGAAAGGUCAAUAAAGUCGUGAUGUCAUAUGCAAAUAAUUUUGCCUAGUAUGUAUGUAAAUGAACCUAUGUAUUUCGGCCUCCUACAGUCCACACGCAACCAAUUGGCCCAACAGCUUGUAAUUAAAGCCCAACUUCUCAUCAAUUGCAAUUUUAGCCUAAAUUAAAAAUUCGGAGAGUGUUCAUCUCCUUCAUGCCUUGCACCAAAUCUGCUGGUGGCGGCGGACCUCAACUGUCGGCGGCAUCGACCGAAGGAUUUUGCUCGUGAGUGGCGGGGGACGUUCUGAUAGUAGCGAGGCACCCUGACCCUGAACUCGCGGCGGCUCACGACAGCCCAUCUCUUGUGUCUCUUACACCGGCGGCGGCCCAUCUCGCAGCGAUCAGACCUCGAACUCGCAACGGCUUGCAACAGCCCAUCGGUUGUGGAUCUUGCACCGGCGUCGACACAGUUCGCAGCGAUCAGGCCUCGAAUUCAUUGCUCGUCCAACGGCGGAGGCGGGGUCUCGCCGUUCACCUUGACUCGGUUGGAGGCGGCAUCGACCGACGAGUUCUGGUCGCGAGCGGCGGACGAUCGGACCUCGGUUGUGGGCGACAUCGACCGAAGAAGUGAUUUAGACAUAUAUUCAAUCCCCAGUCAAGCAGAAUAAUUCGGAAAAUGCUUAGAGCUUUUCCUCGGCAGGCUGCUGUGAAGAUAUGCACCGUGGCUGCUGCCUUUUCACGGCUCAAAUUUUCGCAGAGAGGAAUGCACAGUAGGAAUAAGAAGGCAAUGGAGUUCAUAGCCAAAGGGUUUAGUGCUGUGCAGGAAGUCGACAGAGUUAUUGAUUAUUGCGAACUUUACGACAAGCGUCUCAUUCCGUAUCUUAAGACUGCAAAGGAACAGUUUGAGUUGGCUCUUGAAGCUGACAACUCAAAUACUCAUGCCAGAUACUGGCUUGGAAAGUUGCAUCUCAAAUACCACCACUUCCCUGGUGCAAAUAAAGCUGUAGGAGCUGCAUUGUUAGUGGAAGCUGCGGAGAUGGGCAAUCCAGAUGCACAGUACGAACUAGGCUGCCGCCUAAGAGCUGAGAAUCCUUAUGUACAAUCCGAUCAGCAAGCUUUCUAUUAUCUGGAAAAGGCAGUUGACCAGCUGCAUCCUGGUGCUCUAUACCUCUUAGGAGCCGUAUAUUUAACCGGGGAUUGUGUUAGCCAAGAUGUUUCUUCUGCCAUAUGGUGUUUCCACAAAGCAUCCCAGAAGGGCCAUGCUGGUGCUGCUAUAGCCUGUGGAUCCCUUCUCCUUAGAGGGGUCCAGCUUCCUGAGUCGGUGACCAGAUUUGAGAAGAAAUCGGUUCCCAAAAGGCGGAAGGAUGCUGGAAGUCUGGAGACUGAUCCAGUUGAGAGAGCAAGAGAACAAUUCGAAAUUGCUGCCACUGCAGGAUGUGAUCUUGGACUGAGAUGGUUAAAUAAACUGGAAGAGAAAAUUGUAUUAGGUUCUUAAUGUUGUGUUGAAUUGUUAGCCUGGGUAAAACUGAGUGCUUAAUCUUUAAUUUAUUGUUCAACUGUUGAAGUUGAUAGAGAACUCUGUGUGUGCCAUUUUUUGUGUGCGCGUCUGUACUGGUGGGUACCUAAACUCAUCAUCAGGUUUUAUGGCGCAGAGAGAGAGAGAGAGAGAGA